AUGAUACCCGGAGGAGCAGUAAAUAACACUCCCCGCUCUUGUGUACCUGGUUUCAGGCGGUGCUUGUUUUAUUCCUUCUAUUCAUUGGGACUUGCCGCGUUUCAUCCAUCAUUUAAACGAAAUACCGACUCAAUAGAAAGGGGCUGUUAUUGUCUAAUCUGUGGAUCCGCUGGCGGUGGCCUCAGAAUGCGACUCGCCUUCUAA